AUGGGUAUUUUUGGCUUUGGAUCUAGCAGCACUACUGAACAACCUACACAACAACAAUAUGAAGAAGACUUGUAUUCACCCACUGCAAACACUUUUGAACAAGAACAACAAAAUUCAUUUGGUUUAGAAGACUCUGGUUACGAAAAAAUGCCUGACUUUAUGUCAAGUAUUAGCUUGGACGCCAAUAAACUUCAACCCAUGUCUCUUCAAGGCCUUGAUUUCUUGCAAAUUGAAGAUAGUGCACCUGUUUCUUCUAGUGGUGGUUUUGCACCCUCUCGUAAUUGGACAGACGAUAUGUGUUAUGGUACAGGUACUACGUAUUUAGCAGGCUUGACUUUGGGUGGUGCUUAUGGCUUGGCAGAAGGUCUUAAGAAGAGCACAGGCGCUCCUCGUGUGCGUCUCAACACGACUCUCAACACAAUUACUCGUAGAGGUCCCGGUGUGGGUAAUGCUGUUGGUGUGAUUGCCAUGGUUUAUAAUGGUGCUAAUUCAUUGUUGGAUUAUUCAAGAGGUACCCAUGAUAUCUUUAACAGUAUUGGUGCUGGUGCUGCUGCUGGUGCUCUCUUCAAGAGUACUGCUGGUCCCCGUGCUGUUGCUAUUUCUGCUGGUGUCUGUGCUGGUGUUGCUGGUGCCUGGAGUGUUUUGGUUGAUACCUUGACUGGUUAA